AAGAGAGAACGCAGCCAAGAAAAGAUAACCUAGGGCUGAAAACAUUCAUGGUUUUUCCCGGGGAAAAUAAUUUAAAAAGUUGCGAUUGGAAAUGAUUAAGUCCUUUACCAAUAAGAUAAAAACACUAGUGUUCAGUGAUUGUUCUUGUGACAGUAAUGUGACAUCAAAUCGAAAACGAAAAAGGAGUAUAAGCGAGGGGGUGGAGCCAGACGAAGAUGAUGAUGAUGUCAUUGUGACCUCAGUUAAGAGAGCGCGGAAAUUUGGACCCCAGACGUCUACUCUCAAUUAUCUGAACACAUUAAUUGCCAAUCCCUAUCAAAAGAUGGCAGACUGGUUUUCGAGGAAGAAGGCUUGGUCGGAGCAUUAUUUCUUUAAGAAGGCUCCCAAUGGGGAGAAGCCCAAUGGGGAGUCAAGGACAGGGGCACCUGGGGGUCAACCGGGUCAAGGUCAACAAGUGACCUCAAGAGUUAGUGCCACAGUGGACAGGUUCAAGACACCAGGGGAUGGAGUGAAAAAGUCAGGUUUCCAGGCAACCAAUGGGAAUGAUCAGCCAGUUCGUAAUACCCUUGCCAGGGCAUCAGAAGGGGUUCAGACACAGAUCAAGUCUGACAACAGAUCUAGUAGAAAAUCAACGUUUCACCCCACCUCUACCAUCCAGACGACUUCAUCAUCUCAGUCAACACAGACCACUACCUCAGUCCAGACAGACCACUCAGAUAUUUGGCACAGGAUAAGAGAUUUUGACACUGUACAACCAAAACGCCAUGAAGACAGAUCACUGUUCACCCGUCCACCUCGACAGAAAUUUACAGCUUUAGAGUGCGUAAGACUGGAUGAGAAGAAGAAGUACCAGCAGCUGUUACAGCAGUUUACCAAACUCCCCCUGGAGAAGUCCUCAUACUCCCCCGACGGACUGAGUGCCGCGUCACAUCUGAUGCAUUAUGGCUCUAGGACUGAAGGCAGUAUAUCGGGCAGCAACUCCUCUAUAGAACUAUUCUCCAUCACACGACAACCAGAGGUACACAGACAGAAAAUAGUUCCCACACAGAAAACACGUAUCCCUACACCGCCCCGGAGUACAGACUACGAGCACCAGCGAUCUCCCCGCCCGCCUGUCUCUGUAUCUCCGCGGCGAUCGCUGGCGGCGGAGCAGCGGGAUUUAUCGCAGUCUGGUAGCGAUGACGUCAUUUGUCUGGAAGAUGAGGAGGAGGUUAUCUGUAUAGCCGAUGAUGAACCCAGAGUGACCUCCCCUAUCGUCAUCUCUCCUAUCGUCAAUGGCAGUGCUCCCCAAAGUUCAAGGUCACAUUUAGAUCUCUCAAGGAGUCCAAUUAACAGACAAAGGCAGCAACAGUGGAGGCGGCCGUGCAGUCCAGACUUCCAGUCCAGUAAAUAUCUGUCAGAGGAGUGGAUCAUAGAUCUGGAGCGGCAGUAUUCACGGGCAAACCGAGAAGCUCAUAGGAAGAUAGAAGAGGCGGAAAUCAAAAAGAAAUUUUACGAAGAAAAGCAUUUAAAGAAGGACCGUUUACUGGAGAAUGAGGUCAGACAGAGACUGAGGUUGUAUGACGCGGAGCCCGCCGUCGUCGAGGAUUUACCUGUCGAACCCGAGAAAGAAGAGCCAUUCCCAGAACUUACUGACGAGAUGCUUCAGGUCGUUAACAAUGCAUUACGAUCCCAGCCAGCUGAUGAGGUGCUGGUGGAGGGAUAUAAACUACAGAUACGGCGACGUGACAUGGAGUCACUGGCCGGACUUAACUGGCUAAAUGAUGAGAUCAUAAACUUCUACAUGAAUCAGCUGGUGGAGCGAGGGGAGGCGGAUGGUAAACCCAAGGUGUACGCGUUCAACACCUUCUUUUAUCCCAAGGUCAUGAGUCAAGGUCACGACUCUGUCAGGCGGUGGACCAGGAGAGUGGACAUCUUCUCUAAAGACUACAUCCUGAUCCCGGUACAUCUGGGCAUGCACUGGUGUCUAGCGGUGAUUGACUUCAAAAAGAAGAUGAUCCGCUACUUUGACUCCAUGGGCGGAAAUAACAUGGGCUGUUUAAACGCUCUCAAAGAGUAUCUAUGUGCGGAGAGUCUGGACAAAAAGAAACAGAAGUUUGAUCUGAGUGAAUGGAAGACCGAAAUAACAAAGGAGAUUCCCCAACAGAUGAACGGGAGUGAUUGUGGAAUGUUCACCUGUAAAUUUGCCGAAUACAUCACAAGAGAGGCAGACAUUAACUUUACACAGGAACACAUGCCUUAUUUCAGAAAGCGAAUGGUGUACGAGAUUGUCAAGAAAAAAUUACUGCAGUGAUGUCAUCUACCAUGCAAUAUUACUGCAGUGAUGUCAUCGCUGUGCAAUAUUUGAAGAAUUUUCAUAAGAAAUCGAGACAAUUUCUGUCAAUAACUUAAUUACUAUUUCUUAUGGAAGCCUCUUGGAAUUGAAAUAGCAGUAAAAAAUUUUGAAAAUGUGAAUUUUUCUUAAUACAAGCAUCGAAGAAGGAAAAGAAAGUAUUAUUUAAAUGAACUCAGAUUUCCUUCAAAAAAAUUUACAAUUAUUACCGAAUGUUUGGAGAAAUUUGUUAAAUUUGGAAAUAUAUUUGAAAUUCAGUGAAGAGUUGAAGAUUCUGUGUGCCAACUAUUGAAGGGGCAUGAAAAUUCCUUAAAGUGACUUGAGAAAGCAUUGAAAACAACUUAGUAUUUCCUUAAGAAUGCCUUAAAAACUCUCUGAGAAUGGUAUGUGUUGAGGAAAAAACAGUACAUGCUGCAUUUUUGUUUGGAUAUAUUUUAAUAUACAUGACCAAAUACCACCUCAACUUUGUGAGUGCCCAUGUUACGAAGUCCAAAAGUUUAGGAUGUGAACCAGCUAAGAAUGAUGAGUACCAGUUCAUGAUGAGAACCAAUUUAGGAUGAGAAUUAGUUUAGGAUGAGUACCAAUUCUGAACAAGUUACAGGUUCAUUGAAUGCUGGAAAUUUAGUCAGACUGUGGGAAAUGUUAACUCCUCUAGGAUGUUGACGAGUUACUGUAACAUCAAAAACUGAACGUAUGUGAAUUUAUCAGACAGGGCAUUGAAUUAAAGAGAAUUCCUGAAGGGGAAUGUGGAAUGUGAACAUGAAAAUUACAAAAUCUGUCAUAAGUUGUAUAAAAAGAAACAGUUGUAACACAUAAUAAUUGGUUUGUUUUGGAAUAGAUGGAAGAAGUUUGUGUCUGUCCGUCAGAAAAACAAGUUACUAUGUACAGUUAGAAGAAGAGAGACAGGGAUUCCCAUGUUGUAAAUGUGAAGUCAAAAUGUGAAGCAUGUACAUACUCUAAUAAAUAUUGUGAAAAAAAGAAA